UGCCCAACUGUCGUCGUGUUUGGUUGUGUUUUAUUUCGCGAUUCUCGUCCACCCGCAUCGACGUUCGCGUUCCGAAGCCGCCCUUCAAGUAAGAAGAAGAAGACGGUUGCGAUUUUUUUGCUGUUUUUUUUCUUCGAUGGUCUUUCCCUAAAAUUUUCCGGUGAAUUUCGGUGUGAGCCUGUGCAGUGUGAUUUGUGGAAAUUGAUUGUUGGCAGAAAUCAGUUUCUUACAAGAAACUUGGGCUUAAAUUUUCCAACAAGAGGAAAAACACGAGCAACACCCUUCCGUUGUGUGAUUCAGCCCGCAAGGAAAAGUGCCGCAAAACAAAGCCGGAACCAUGUCGGACGAGAACCAGGAAAAUGGAACCCGCAACGGCCAGGAGGUGCCAGAAAUUGAAUUAAUCAUCAAGGCAUCCACGAUAGAUGGCAGACGUAAAGGAGCGUGUCUGUUUUGUCAGGAAUACUUCAUGGAUCUCUAUCUGCUGGCAGAACUCAAAACUAUCAGUUUGAAGGUCACAACGGUGGACAUGCAGAAACCGCCGCCCGACUUCCGCACCAACUUCGAAGCGACACACCCGCCCAUCCUGAUCGACAACGGGCUGGCGAUUCUGGAGAACGACAAGAUCGAGCGACACAUCAUGAAGUCGGUGCCGGGCGGGUACAAUCUGUUUGUGCAGGACAAGGAAGUGGCCACCCUGAUCGAGAACCUGUACAGCAAGCUGAAGCUGAUGCUGGUCAAGAAGGACGAGAACAAGAACAACGCACUGCUGGCGCACCUGCGGAAAAUCAACGACCACCUGGCGGCCCGCGGAACCCGCUUCCUGACCGGGGACACGAUGUGCUGCUUUGACUGCGAGCUGAUGCCCCGGCUGCAGCACAUCCGGGUGGCCGGCAAGUACUUUGUCGACUUUGAGAUACCAAAACACCUGACGGCCCUGUGGCGAUACAUGUACCACAUGUACCAGCUGGACGCCUUCACGCAAUCCUGUCCCGCCGAUCAGGACAUCAUCAACCACUACAAACUGCAGCAGGCCAAAGGUGACAUGAAGAUGCUGAAAAUGAAGAAGCACGAGGAGCUGGAAACGCCCACGUUCACCACUUCGAUUCCGAUCGAUCUGAACGACCAUUGAGAGGGUGGCCGUUUUGGCCGGACCGGUAGUCGUCCUGUUUUGCACCGGGGGAGCGGAACCAAUAGCAACAGCAGCAGUUGUAGUAGUUUCAAUUAAAUAAUGUAAAAGAAACAAUUUUGAUAACCAUUUACAAUAACAUUUACCAACCACACACACAUACAUACACAUACGCAUAUUAUACAUCAAAACAAACACACGCAAAACAGCGAUUUUCCCUGUAUGAUAACACAACAAACACACAAAACAAAACAAAACAAAAAACAAGUCUAUUUUGGCAGCAGUGCUGCCAACCGCAAUAACAAAUUCGAUCUAUAUACAUAAAUGUACGCUCUUACAAGUAACGAUUGUUUUAUUAUUGUUUGUAUCUCGCAACGGCCAUCUUGGAUGAGGAAAACUAAUACAUACACACACAAAAAGAGGUGAGAGUAUACAAACACAGGCAUCGUGUAAAGCAUGAGAAAACAAAUGUAAAGUUUUUAUUCUAAGUAGAGUUAAAUGGAGCAAUUCCUUUGUUUAUUAUACCAUUUUAUUAAACGUUUUGGAUUCGAGAAAAGACACGCAGUUGAAUUGAAUAAAUUUAACCUAAAUGAAUCGCAAUUUGAAUUGUUCAUAGUUACGUUUUAACGCAAAUGUUUCUUUCGCUUGAAUGAUGUAGAAAAUGAAUAGUUGCAAUUAGGUGUAUUUACAGUAAACUUUCCUUACACUCGCCUAAUCAAAUGGGCUGGAAGGGCAAAAUGGCCCGCUUAAGCUCUAAACUGCAAACAGAAUCAACGAAUCUUUGAACUGAACAAACCGUCUCUGCAAAACAAAAAGCAUCAAACAAACAUCUGAAGUGGAAAAAAAUCACAACUUUUUAGUUUUUAACAUGGUUAAGUUGAAGCGAGGAGAACAAUUCUAGUUUGAUAAGUGUUCCAGUCGAUGGCACAUUUUGUGUAAAUAAACAAUAUCCUAACGUUGCAACUUAAAAAAAACAAGAAAUAAAGCUUCUACACCACCCUUAAGUUAGGUUCCGGUUAUAAAAAUAUCUACAAAAAGAAACAAAUGUGCGCAUCAGCUUUUUAUUGAAGUAAACAAACACUAAAUUUAAACUUUCCUAUCAUCAAUUGAAGUAAGCAAAUUAAAAAAAAAAAAGAGUUAUGUUGUUGUAAAUUAUUUACCGCAAUCUUGUUUUAUGUUUACUCUGCAGCCCAGAGCAGAAUUAGAAAUAAACUUAAUUCGUCACGAAA